GCCUGAUCAUUUAAUAACCUUAUCAUAUUCUUAUCGCUUACUCAUACUUUAAGAGAAUAAGCAUUUAAAAACAUCUUCAAACUUUCUCGUACACAGAAAUAAUUAUUGUGAGAAGAACAAAAAAGUGAAAAUGUCUAAAUUAAUUGAUUUUAAAGGUUUAAUGGCACCAGUUUUUACUGCAUUUGAUGCUAACAAUGAUGUUAAUUUGGAGGUUAUUGAGGAAUAUGCUCGAGUUUUAAAAGAUAGUGGAAUUUCUGCCGUUUUAGUGAACGGAACUAGCGGUGAAGGAAUGUCAAUGAAUGUAAAUGAGAGAAAGUUGGUGACAGAAAAAUGGCAUCAAGCUUGUCUUAAACUUGAAAUUGUAUUGAUGGUUCAAAUCAGUGGAUGUUGCUUUCGGGAUAUCAUUGAAUUAGCUAAGCAUGCUGAAGAAUUAAAAGUAGAUGGUGUUUUGUGCUUGCCAGAACUUUAUUUUAAACCUAAAGAUAUUCAAAGCCUUGUGAAGUAUCUUAAGAAAAUUUCUUUUUACUGUCCAUCGAUUCCUCUUUAUUAUUAUCAUAUUCCAAUGUUUACAAAUGUUGAUCUUCCGAUGGCAAAUUUUAUGGAACUAGCGAAAUCUGAAAUAGGAACGUUCGCCGGAAUCAAAUAUACGUCAGGUGAUUUAGAGAAGGGCUUGCAGUGUCUUAAGCAUGGUCAGGUUUUUCUUGGAAGUGACACUAUAUUGUGCGGUGCAUUGGCUUUAGGAUUUUCCUCUGCAAUCAUGACUUCUUUGAAUAUCAAUCCGGACAUAAGCUUAAGGAUUUUACAAUUGAUAAACGAUGGAGAUAUUAACAAUGCUCGAGGACAACAAAUGGCUUUAUGUGAUAUUAUCCAGAAUAUACUAAUUGAAGGAGGUGGAGAUUGGGUGCCAUCAAUGAAAAAGGCAUUUAAUAAAAAAUUCAAAAAUCUUCAACUUGGAAUUUGUCGCGAUCCUUUAUAAAGUUUAAUAUUCAAGGAAUUCUUCACUUAUGACGUUCGAAAUUAACGGCUUUCAAAAAAGAACAAUGAAUUUCUUGCUGACCCCCCCCCCCCCUCCUGGACGUCAUAAGUGAACGGCCCUAAGAUAUAUUAAUUAUUUUGGCAAAAAAAUGAGAAUAAAGUAUUGAAUCGUUACUGGAUACUGGAUAAAAGUCUUGAAACAGUGUAUAAUUACAGUCU